AUGUCUUAUUCAGUUGCCUCUUAUGGGCUAUAUAACAUUCAUAAAAAGGGUAUUAUCCACCGUAAUAAAUCUGCUACAGAAGAUGAAGAUAGUGAAAUUUAUGGGAUCAUUCCUUAUGUGUCCCCAGAGGCACUUCAAGGGAAAAAAUAUACCACAGCUUCAGAUAUUUAUAGUUUUGGUAUGAUUAUGUGGGAAUAUAUGACAGGCAGAAGACCUUUUUGGGAUCGUGCUCAUGAUACUGAGCUGAUUAUUGAUAUUUGUGAUGGUUUACGUCCUCCAACAAGUAAUAUUAACGCACCUGAGGGUUACAUUGAGCUAAUGAAAGAAUGUUGGGACCCUGAUCAAAGUAAAAGGCCAACGGCUCAUGACAACCGUGAUAAAGCAUAUUAA